AUGCCCCUCUCCACCAGGCCUACUCAGCCACUCACUCUCGCGUCUGUGCUGCAGCCACAAGGGGAGCUCGUGCAAAAUCGUGCCCUCAUAUGCGACAGUGCCGGUAAUGCCAGUUCAGCGGAUUGGAGCCACCCCAAGCCCAGCCCAAAAGCUAUGCAGGACAUCAUGAAAGCCUGGUUGCAAUGGGCCUCACAGCGGGACCCCCAGAGUAAGCCGGAGCAUCCCAUACCCGAAGAGGACCAGCUCGAGCUCAUUAGAAUAGCCUGCGAGGUCAUGGAUUGGGAUUACAACUCCAUGAUCCAAGCCGCCGACGGGCAGCCCUUUCGCCUUAACCUCAUGCAGGCCUUCGCGGAUCUCCUUCACGACCCGGACAAAGACCUUCCAGCCUUGCUGCGAGUAGGGGUCCAUACAGGGGUCUGCGAUGAGAUCCAGCCAUCGGGACUCUGGCCGCUAGCCAAGAUACAGCCUCUUUCAUCCUCAGGACUCGAGGUAUGCGAAGGCAACUGGAAACCGGCCGAAGCCGACCCGGACACAGUUCGCAGCCUUCUUGCGGACGAAGAAGCGGCAGGCUGGAUCAAGCCUGUGCCAGGAGGCCUUGAGGAAGCCAAGCGCAUCUGGCCCAAGGGUAUAGCUGUAGGUAAACUUAGCCUCGUCAAGGCAGAGAACCGAGAGGUCCUAGACAGCACGGUCUGCCAAGUCAAUCCAAUGUGCCGCAUCCCAGAAGCGGUAUCCAUGCCUACGGUCAAUGAUGUCCGAGCCACAUUCAUGCCUUCCGACCCUAGGGGAGCCUUCCUUGCGGCCAGUGUGGACUUCAAAGCAGCCCACAAACGAGUUAAAGUCCACCGCUCCAAGCAAGGCCUUCUCCUCUUCAUGUUCGAGAAGAUCCUUUACAGGUAUGUCGUUUGCCAUCUCGGAGCCAAGUUCUCGGCCUACUGGUGGCAGCGGGUGGGCGGCCUUAUUUUACGCGCGUAG